AUGGAGGAGCAGCGUGCGGGGAGCAGCACCCUGCGUUUCCGGAACUCUCCACAGCACGGCUGCCUUGACAUCCCUACUGAUUUCGACUCACAGCUGUCUUGGCAGCAGCAGGGCUUGCAGCAGCUGGACUUGCAGCAGCUGUCCUGGCAGCAGCUGGACUUGCAGCCCCCACAGGAGCUACAGCCCCCCUUGCAGCCCCCACAGGAGCCACAGCUGGAGCAGGAACAGACUGGCACACAGCAGCACACGGGCUUGCAGCAGCACAAGGGCUUGCAGCAGCUGGAGCCACAGCCCCCACAGCUGGAUCCACAGCCCCCGGAGCAGCCACAGCAGGUCAUGGUUCUGGAGGUGGAGGGUGGAGGAGGCAGCCAGAGGGACUGUGCUGCCGCUGAACUGAAGGCGUCCUUGCCCCAUCGUCUCUCGCCUCAGCCAGGCUUCCUUCUCUUUGUAAAUAAUCGGGAGGAAAAUGAGCAGAUUCUGGUUGAGUACCUGAGUGUGCGUAGGACUCAGAAAACCAUGACCUGCUGUGGCUGCUCMGGGGGCUGUGGCUCCAGCUGUGGGGGCUGUGGCUCCAGCUGCUGCAAGCCCKUGUGCUGCUGCAAGCCCGUGUGCUGCUGUGUGCCAGCCUGUUCCUGCUCCAGCUGUGGCUCCUGUGGGGGCUGCAAGGGGGGCUGUAGCUCCUGUGGGGGCUGCAAGUCCAGCUGCUGCCAGGACAGCUGCUGCAAGCCCUGCUGCUGCAAGUCCAGCUGCUGCCAAGACAGCUGCUGCCAGUCCAGCUGCUGCAAGUCCAGCUGCUGCAAGCCCUGCUGCUGCCAAGACAGCUGCUGCAAGUCCAGCUGCUGCAAGCCCUGCUGUUGUCAGUCCAGCUGUUGCAAGCCCUGCUGCUGCCAGGACAGCUGCUGCAAGUCCAGCUGCUGCAAGCCCUGCUGCUGCCAAGACAGCUGCUGCAAGUCCAGCUGUUGCAAGCCCUGCUGUUGCCAGUCCAGCUGCUGCAAGCCCUGCUGCUGCCAGGACAGCUGCUGCAAGCCCUGCUGCUGCCAGGACAGCUGCUGCAAGUCCAGCUGCUGCAAGCCCUGCUGCUGCCAGUCCAGCUGCUGCAAGCCCUGCUGUUGUCAGUCCAGCUGUUGCAAGCCCUGCUGCAAGCCCUGUUGCAGCCAGUCCAGCUGCUGCAAACCCUGCUGCUCCUCAGGCUGUGGGUCCUCUUGCUGCCAGUCCAGCUGCUGCAAGCCCAGCUGCUGCCAGUCCAGUUGCUGCAAGCCCUGCUGCUGCCAGUCCAGCUGUUGCAAGUCCAGCUGCUGCAAGCCCUGCUGCUCCUCAGGCUGUGGGUCCUCCUGCUGCCAGUCCAGCUGCUGCGUCCCCAUUUGCUGUCAGUGCAAGAUCUAAAUCUCUGACUUCAGGCCUCCGGGUUUCUCAGUGUCUGGUGAAACCCUUUCUUGUCCCAGGUCAGCUCCUGUCCACUGGCCUCCCUGAGGUGACUACAACCUCUCCUGCCUUUCAUCCCCUGCUCUCACCGCCCUCUCUGGUGGGCUCUGUCUCCUCUUUUCUCCCUCUAGAGAAGCAUGUUUCUAGGUGCCGGAGAGAGGCCUUCCUCUCGGCACUGCCUAGCUGACAUGACAGCCACAGUGACCAUCGCCUGCCUCUUUCCGGGCUUC